AUCGCAGUCUGUUAGAGAGCCGGCAGCCCGCAACGCGAGAGUUGCUGCCGAGUCAAUUCGAGUUUGAAAUAUCGUUUGAUCGAAACAGACAGAGAGAAGAGACAUUUCGUGAAUUCGUAGUAAAGAAACUCGGAAACGACGGAAUCGUUGUUAACCCGGUCCCUAGAUAAAGAAGGGACAGUCAUCAUCUCGUAUUCGUUCCGAUCUACGUUUAGUGUCGCUGUGUCCUACAACGGUUCUCUCACGCCACCCUCUUUGCCACCGUAUUCGCGAACUACUCGGUCUCCUGUCGCUCUCCAUUUGCCCCUCUUUUGCUAACCUAUCUCUCCCUUUCUCUUUUCUCUAUCUCUUUCUUUCUAUCUUUCUCUCUUUCUCUCUCUCUCUAUCUCUCUCGGUCUUUAAACGCAACAUCGAAUACGAAAGAAACGGAGAAAUUAAAGCGUUCGCACGAAGAAGUAGCCUGUUAAGAUAACAGACUGUUUUCGAUUGCUUCUCUGACGGAUAUUAUUCACGUUGUUUUCUACGUGGAAAGAAUACCGUUCCUGGAUUGUACAUAUAUCGAAAGAUCGAACAAUUAAAACUGGAUAAUCGUGUCACGUAACGAGUUAGCUAGCCCGAAUUUGGAUCAAUGAUCUAAUGUUGUACGGAGAAGCUCGGAUCCUGCGCAUUCGGCGAUAGGACAUAGCCCUACCGCUUUUCAGGAAAAGGGUCGUGCAAAUCCUGCGCAAUACUUAACGCCAACACUGUCCGCAUGAAAUUGCGGUGUGACGACGCGGUGACCUUUUCAUAAAAUCUCUUCGAAAUUUUGUUGCCUCGCAAUGAGUACCACGGAUCCUACUGGAGAGGGCGGAGGGGGAGGGGCAACGACUACAAUAUCACCAAACAUUGAACAGAAUGUAUCUCCGAUUAUACCGGUGACCGGUAGUGCGGUGCAACCAGGCUCUCAACAACAGCAUCCACCACCGUCACCACUAAGUGGUUGUUACCUUCUCGUUGUGCUUCCAGAGCCUCAUACCACGCAGCAUAAAGAUCUCAUCUUAAAUCGUCUCGCAAAAGGUUUCUUGUCGUGGGAUAAGGAUAGCUGUCACGUAGAUUUAGAAAAAGAAUUACUGGCGUUGGUAGCGCAAGCUCCGGAAGGGGAAGAAGCAAGAAAUGGCGAACGACUGAUCCAAUACGCUACCGAGAACCUCGUUACCGAAGUUCUGAUUCACCCGCAAACGAAUACACUGUUACAAUGUAUCCGUAACCUUCUCGCAAGCUUUACAAAACACCGACACAUUAUACACGGUGGCUAUACCUUCAGUGGAAAUGGUUCCUGGAUACUGCAAGAUGGAACCUUUAGCCUUGCCGAUUUCCUGGAUGCGUUCAGUGAACACGAAGUGCAAAGAGUUCUUCGUGCGUAUGAAAACAGUGUCACGGUAGACAUUCAUUGCGCGAGUGUCGGCGAUUGGACAACAAACAGACUUUCCAAAGAAGCUUGUACUAGACCUUGCCGAGUAAGAGUAAAUCCCGAUGACGUUCUCACCGCUGGAUUACCAGCCAUCGCGAGUUUCACGAAUUACAUUGGACAAUAUUUGGUUGCCCAGACACUGGACCAACUUAUGGAACCAUCCGAUGUCGUAGGCAACAUAAGAUUUAGUCACCCAACAUUGUAUGUCUUCCCUGGCGGUCAAGGUGAUGCCGCGCUCUUCGGCAUAAAUGGUUUUAACAUGUUGGUGGACGGUGGUUUCGCCAGAAAGGCCUGUUUUUGGGACUUUACUAGACACUUGGACCGCCUCGAUGCGGUCUUAGUUACUAGAAUAAAUAAUAGUAAUGUUGGAGGCAUGUCCAGUGUGCUCCGCAAGAAGAAAGAAAUGCACGUCUAUCCUCAAAUCGGACAUUUCUUCUGCAACCUAAUCGAGAGAAGACAAUCCAAUUCACCGGACGGGGACAAAGAUAUCGAUCCUCUGAUACUAAAUCUCACCGAUAUUGGCCAAGAGAUGGUUGUCAAUCUGCGUCACAUCAGCCUGCGAGCGCAUCCGUGCUACAGAGACCCAGAUCCGAUCAAUCUCUAUCAUAAAGUAGGUCACGGCACGUUGGACAUGUACGUGUUAAGCCCCAGCAAGGAUAGUCGCGAAGUUAAAGAAUUUCUGGCGAGAUGGCACGCCGCCGAUUCGAAACUUUUUGCCGGUGGUCACAAGAAAGACUCGAACAAUUUAACCUUCCCGAUCCAGAAUUUGGUCUCCAUAUGCGCGUUAUUAGUCUGGCAACCCGCAAACCCUGAAGACACAAUUACGAGAAUAUUGUUUCCUGGAAGUACGCCUCAACAGAAGAUCUUCGAAGGUUUCGAACGAUUGAAACACCUGGAGUUCCUAAAGCAUCCUGUUUGUUCUGCAAAGAGCCUCUCGCCGUCUGCGUCUUUAGCUACCCUGCGAGACAAACCCACGAAACAGAAAUUGGGCCUGAUUAGCGAAAAAGAAGCUUCGAAGAAGUUAGGCACAGAGGCGAAGAAAGAGAAAAAAGAAUCGCCUGAAAUAAAAACGAAAGCUACAGAUGAAUUACCUCCAAAGACGCAAGCGACAUCAAUUAUUCCUACGAAACCUGUUAAAGCUGAAACGAAGCCUAAGAAAAUAGUGGAGAACAAGAAGAUAGAGGUGGAGAAGGAGAGUAAAAAGAUAGAAAAAGAAGCGAAGGAAGCGAAGAAGGAGAUUGUAAAGAAGGAUGUUGGCAAGGAGAAGCCAGAAAAGAUAGAAGAGAAAUUAGAGAAACGCGAGGAGGAUGUCCAGAAGAAGAUCGAGCCUCCGAAAGAAACAGAAAAGAUAACUCCACCGACGAAGGAAUCAAAACCAAAAGAAGUAGCCAAAAAGAAAGAAUCGAAAGAACCAAAGGGCGUUAAACCAGGAAAAAUUGAAACAAAAGCAAAGGUAACCGAUAAAAAAGUGAAACAAUCUCCCGUAGAAAAGAAGGACGCUGGAAUGAUAGUAAAAUCUUCUCCAACGACCCCUAAGAAGACUAUAAACGGAGUUGCCACAAAGACAGAGAUAUCGAAAGUGAGCGUGACUAAAGCAAAGACCCAGAAGGCAGCAGCUGCACCACCAGCGAAAAGCACUAAGGAUGCAAAUAAUAGAAAAGUACUUGAACAGAAGAAUAUCGAAUCGGCUAUAACCACUGGCAUGGUCAAAGUACCAGCCAAACCAAAACCAAUGGACAGAAAACCGCUUAGCCGUCGACCAAAACCAGUUAGUCCGAGUAAAGUUCGAGUAUCUGGUAGUCCAGCGAAGUCGACUCGUAGCACUCCAACAACCUCUGUUAAGUCUGACAAGGAUGGCGUCGUUCGCAAAGCGAAGAGCGACAAAGGUACUGCCGAUUCUUCAACUGUAUCCACACCAUCUGGAAUCGAAGCUGAAACAGGAGCUAGGCUCGUAGAGAAGAGUCUAAUGGAACAAUCGGAAGAUAUUUCUUUGGAUUCUAUCGAAAGCAAAGUGUUGGCUGAUCUAAAGGAAGAAAGAGAAGUAGUCGAAGAGAUCGAAGCAGUGCUUAAAAAAGCAGAUCUUAUCGAAGAAACACGAAAAGAUGAUCGUUCCGAAGGAGAUGAUGAAAUCACAGCAGAACUUACUGAUAAGAAAGAAGAAGAUAUCACGGACGAUGACAUAAUCGAAGCUGACAUGGAAGAUGCACUUAAGAGAGAACUUAUCGAUGAGUAUUUGAUCGUUGAAAAAGAGGAAGAUUAUAUAGAAGACUCUACUCAGAGCGGGGAAGGUGAACAGAAGCAUAUUUUGGACGAGGCUGAAUCUGAGAAGGCGAAGAUGCUAAAGGAUAUGGAGCAGGUGAAGGAAAAAGGUGCCGAGGAAGAAGUGGAGGAGAAAGAGAAGGACGAGAGCGUAGAGAAGCGUGAAAAACCAUUGGAAGAGAAGGAGGCAAUAUUGAAAGCCGAAGAAGAGAAGGCGGUGCCAAUUGAUUUGUCACCAGAUCGUAGGGAGCAAUUGGAAGAAGAGGCUAAAGAAAUAGUUGCCCCCGCAGCAGAAAUAAUCCAACAAAAACCAGAAGAGAAAGACGAUUCCGGUAAGAAGGACAGCGAGGACAUUACCAAAGAACCUUCGAGUUUGAGCCCUGAUAAGUUGGACUCUUCCGAGAAGAAAACCACUGACACUGAUUUGAAACCCGAAGCUGACCAAAAGGAACAAAUACCAGAAAAAUUAGAAGAAUCGCAAGAACGAAUUUCAACUUUGGAAUCUGGUGCUACAACCACAGCGCCGACACUUCCAGAAGAUGAGCGUAUACCUCUGGACGAAAUCAAAGAAGAUAUCGACGAGAAACACAUUAUCGAGGAAGUGAAAGAGAAGGAUGUGGUACAGAAAGUUAAAGAAGAGGUCGUUGCUUCGCGAACCGUACCUCCAACGGUAACUACAAAACCAGACGUUCAAGUGUUUGAUGUUCGUCAAGCUGUACAGUGUCUUCAACGCGACAUUGUAAAAACACCAGACGAAGUUGCUGAUUUGCCAGUCCACGAAGAGGUAGAUCCUAAAUUGUACAGAAUGGAAGAUUUCGAGAAGGACAAAGAGGAAAAACCAGCAUUGGUACAACCGCCACAGCCACAGCAAGAACCAGAGCCUCAGCCACAAGUAUCGGCACCGGUACCAAUACAUGAAGUCAAAGAACCGCCUACGCCACCUGUUAAGGAACAAAAAGGAGUUUUUAGCUUCUUCGGCAAGGUUGCUGAUAAGUUUGAAAAGGGUAUCGAUAAAUUAACCAAAAAAUCAAAGAAGGAACAAGAGAAGGACGUCGAUGAAAAGUCUUCGUCAAAGUCCAGUUCUCCGAAAGAGGCAAAGAUACAAGAGAAGACUGUGCUCGAAGAAGUCGAUGUUGAGAAAAUAUUCCUGAAAGUUGGUAAACCUACUGAGAAAGUCCAGGAAGUAGUUCCUGAAGUUGAACCGAAGAUACAAGAGAGGGCUGCUUCGAUCACAGAAGAAACCAUCGCGAUGGCUAAGGAAAAACUCGAGGGUGUGACUGUAACAGAACGUGACGUAAAAGAACUUGAAAUUAAAGAGAAAGAAAUUAAACCUACCGAGGAAGAGGCUGUGAAAGAAGAAAGGAAAUCUCCAGUGUCGGUGGUAUCGAAACCCAUUGAGGAAGAAAAAAUUGAAUUGAAAAAAGAAAUAGCGAAACCAAGCGAAGUUCCGUCGAAAGAUGUCGAGGUCGCAGAAGAGAUGGAAAAGUCACCGGAGAUUGAGAUUAAAGCUAAGAAGGAAGAGCAGCUUGCAGAAGAAGAAGCAGAAGAAAUAAAGGCACUGUUGGAAGAAGCUUCGAAGAAAUUUAAAACAGUAAAGGACAGCUUGAGGGAUUCUUUGGAGUCGUUGGAAGAGAAGAUUGCCGCUGAAACAGCUGAUUUGACACGAGAGGUACCAUUAACGAAGGAUGCCGUUAAGGACACUCUGGAAGGUGUGGUGGAGAAGCUGGAAGCGAUUAAGCCACAUAUCGAAGGCACAUCCCCCGAAAGCAAAGAACCUGAAAAGGUGAAAUUCGAAAUACCAAAAGCGGAACAUUUGGAAGAAGAAAUACCUACGAAAGACGUUAAAGAAGCUGUUCUAGACGUUGGAGAGGUUCUUGCUGGAACAGCUGGUAUCGACAUCGAGGACAAAGUUAGAGAUGUUACCGAAAUCGUGCGUAAGGUUGCCGAAGUUCUGAAAGAAGACGAUGUCUUCUCGGACAAGUUGUUGUUGAAGGAACCAAUCAAAAAGGGAGAAACUGUGUCGCCACCUAAACCUGUAGCGGAAGCUGUGUCGCCACCUAAACCUGUGGCGGAAGCUGUGUCGCCACCUAAACCUAUGGCGGAAGCUGUGUCGCCACCUAAACCUGUGGCGGAAGCUGUGUCGCCGCCUAAAGCUGUCGCGGAAACUAAGGUUCCUAUGAUACCCACGAAAGUUGGAAUUACCGAGGAAAUUUCUUUGUACCAGGAGGAAGCCGAAGAACUCGUUGCAGAAACAAAGGAAGAACCUUGUGUCCAAGUUGUCAAAGAAACAGAGCCAAUUAUAUCUCCGAAAGAAGAGAAAGAUAAGCGUGACGUUAAGGAAAUUUGCGAAGAAAUGAUGAAAGAUGUCAAAGAGAUUGCUCCUGAAGUUAAAGAUUUGUCUUUGAAGGUGGACGUACUGGAAGCUGGGGUGGAAGACGUUUGCGUGAAAGAAACUGUAAAAUCACCGAUCGAAAAAGAGGAGAAAGUUCAAACAGCUAUAGAAGAGCCUGUAAUAGGUUUCGAGCAAAAGAUUUCUCCCGCCAAAGCGGAGAUCGUAAUGGUUUCUCCUGGCUCAACACCAACUUCACCGAAAUUUGUUACAGAUAAAAUGCAGGAAAGCAAAGUGGACUUGAGUAAACAAAUUGAAAUCUCGAUUAAAUUACCCGCUGAAAUAAAAGCUAUUGUCGAUAAGGUAGAUCGUAUUGUGGAAGAGAUUAUCGAAGAACUUGUGAUUAAGAAGAAGAAAAUCACUAUUGAGAUUAUAGAAUACAUUACAAUUGUUAAAGGUGUUCCAAAGGAGCGUGUUAUCUAUAUUAUCGAAGAGAUUAUUAUAAGAAAGGGUCUUUCAAAGAAGGAUGUCGUCGAUAACGUUGAUAUCUUAAAAUUGGAAGAAUCUAUCACUCCGAAAUUGAAAAUGGAGCUUGAAGAGUAUAUUAUCAAUGAAUACAUAAAAAGAGGAAAAUGCAUAACUAUCGAAAUCGUCGAAGAAAUUUCCAUCAAGAAGACUGUCCCGAAAGUGAUCAUAAUUCGUAUUAUUCAGGAAAUUAUCGUUAAAAAGUUAGUCGAUGUUAAAACUGAUGGUUUGUUUGAUUCCGAACUGGAACCGAUUGAUACCAAAGCAAAGAAAGAAGAAGCUGAGAAGAAAGAAGAAACGAAGGAGGAAGAGAUCGAAGCACCAUCGAAAUUAGACAAAAAGGAAGAAAAAUUAUCACCAAUCGAAGUUAUAUCGGUCGCGAAACCAGAAAUAAAAUCUCCUGUAGAAAAAGAGAUUUUGAAGGAAAAAGAGAUCUCAAAGGAAAAAGAGAUGAAAUCACCCAAAGAAGAAGCUAAAAUUUCUGAACCACAUAAAGAAGAACUCGGCGUCGAAGAAGAAUCCGUUUGUUUGUCAGCUGAAGAAGAAGAAGAAGAUGAUUUUGUAAGUUACGUUAAAAAAUCUUCCACAAAACCGAAAGAGGUUCGUGACUAUGAGGACACAAUACUUACAAAACCGGUAUCUCUAAAAGAAAUUAUCGACAAAAGACAGGAAAAAGACAUUGGCGACGACUUUGAGGCCGUCGAACAAGAAUAUAAAGUACGUGAUGUAACUGUUACUCCUUUGGAAGAUACAUCGCGUAUUAUUUCACCAAAAUCAGACGAAUCACGCGAGCGGGAAUAUGCUGAAGAAGCUGUGGAAGAUACCAUAAGUGAAGUUAUCGAGGCUGACGAAAAAUUCGUUCACGAGACAAAGGGAAAAAUAGGGAAGACAGAAUUACCUGUCGAAGUAAAACCAGUUACAGAGAAAGAAAAGGAAGUUAAAGUAACCGAAGUACCAGAAUCUCUUGAUACCAUAGAAAAGUAUUUAGACGAAGCUAAAGAGAAGAAGGAGCAGAAGACUGAAUCACCCGAAGAACAAGUGGAUGUGAUUACAAUAGAAAAAGAAAGAAGGAAACGUUCAAUCGGUGAACUAGUGGCGGAAAAAGAAGUUAUUCAGAAAGAAUUAGAAAAGCUAGAAGAAAAAGAAUUUAAGCCAAUAGAAAAGAAGGAAGAAGUUAAACCAGUAGAAAAAGAGGAAGAAGUAAAACCAAUAGAAAAGAAAGAAGAAGAAGUGAAACCGGUAGAAAAGAAAGAAGAAGUGAAACCAGUAGAGAAGGAAGAGGAAGUGAAACCAGUGGAAAAGAAAGAAGAAGUGAAACCAGUAGAGAAGGAAGAGGAAGUGAAACCAGUGGAAAAGAAAGAAGAAGUGAAGCCAGUAGAGAAGGAAGAGGAAGUGAAACUAUUGGAAAAGAAGGAAGAAGUAAAACCGGUAGAAAAGAAAGAAGAAGUGAAACCAGUAGAGGAGGAAGAGGAAGUGAAACCAGUGGAAAAGAAAGAAGAAGUGAAGCCAAUGGAAAAGAAGGAAGAGGAAAAGGAAGAAGAAGUGAAACCAUUGGAAAAGAAGGAAGAAAUAAAACCGAUAGAAAAGAAAGAAGAAGUGAAACCAGUAGAAAAGAAAGAAGAAGUGAAACCAGUAGAAAAGAAAGAAGAAGUGAAACCAGUGGAAAAGAAAGAAGAAGUAAAACCAAUAGAAAUGAAAGAAGAAGAGAGACCGGUGGAAAAGGUGACUGAACCAAAGUCACCUGUUCAAAAGGAAAUCAUGGAUGAAAUCAAGCCUACUGAAAUUUCAUUAACAAAAGACGAGAAGCGAGAAGACAAAUUGGAGGCAGUCAUCGACGUUUCCAAGAAAAUUCCGGAAUCGGAAGUUGUUGAUCGCGUACCGAAGGAAGAACUUGUUGAAAAGAAACCGGAAAUACUUGAAGUGGAGCGUAAGAAGAGUAUUCAGGAAUUAGUUAAGAAAGAUGAGGAAGUAUCCCCCAAAGUAGAAAAGAUCGAAGAUGACAAGAAAAUAUCUCCCAAAGUAGAGAAGAUCGAAGACGAUAAGAAGGUGGAGAUGGUUGCGCCUGAAGAUUUAGCUAAAAAAGAUGAGAAAAUAUCUCCCAAAGCAGAAAAGAUCGAAGAUGUCACGAAAAUUGAGAAAGUUACUCUUGAAGAUUUAGCUAAAAAAGAUGCGGAAGUAUCUCCCAAACUAGAAAAGGUUGAAGAUGACAAGAAAGUGGAGAAAGUUUCUCCUGAAGACUUAGCUAAGAAAGAUGAAGAAGUAUCUCCCAAAGUAGAAAAAAUCGAAGAUGACAAGAAAAUUGAGAAAGUGACUCUAGAAGACUUAGCUAAAAAGGACGAGAAAAUAUCUCCCAAAGUAGAAAAGAUCGAAGACGACAAGAAAGUGGAGAUGGUUGCGCCUGAAGAUUUAGCCAAAAAAGAUGAGAAAAUAUCUCCCAAAGCAGAAAAGAUCGAAGAUGUCACGAAAAUUGAGAAAGUUACUCUUGAAGAUUUAGCUAAAAAAGAUGCAGAAGUAUCUCCCAAACUAGAAAAGGUCGAGGAUGACAAGAAAAUGGAGAAAGUUGCUCCUGAAGACUUAGCUAAGAAAGAUGAAGAAGUAUCUCCCAAAAUAGAAAAGAUCGAGGAUGACAAAAAAAUGGAGAAAGUUAUUCCUGAAGACUUGGCUAAGAAAGAUGAAGAAAUAGCUCCUAAAGUAGAGAAGAUUGAAGAUGACAAGAAAAUGGAGAAGGUUGCUCCUGAAGAUUUAACUCAAAAGGAUGAGAAAGUAUCUCCCAAAAUAGAAAAGCUCGAAGGUGACAAGAAAAUUGAGAAAGUUGUUCUUGAAGACUUAUCGUUGGCUCGAAAAGAAGAGCCACUCAAAGAGAUACCAGUUGCAGUUAAAGAAGAAAAGAAACCUGAGAAAUCGCCUGAAGAUGAUGCUGCAGCUGUUCGAAGGAUGUUAGUUACAGCAAGCAGCGAAGAUGGCGGACAAGAAAUUGAAAUUUCCCCAACUGGUACUAUCGCGCUCCAAAAAACUGUUACACCUGAUGAUUCUCUUAAAGAUGCAUCUGUCAAAUCAACAUCUGAUAAAGAUUCUUUGCUUCUAGAUAAGGACUCUCUACACUCAGAAAUCAGUUCUCCAGAAAAAGAUAGCAUUUCUGACAAGUCACCAUCAAUCAAAGAUGUCGGAAAGGUAACUCCCGAAGACAGCUUGGAUAAAUCACCGAUUGACACUCGUGACUCACGUGAUCUCGAAGACAGCUUAGAGAAGGCGGUACCUAGUAAACCAAAAGAAGCGGAGAGUAGCACUUCUCCAUCUCUGAUAGAAUCAGAAGUUUCAAAGUCUCCCAGUUUGCAACAACAAACAGAAAUUUUAGAGGAUAUGGCUAAAACCGUUCGUGAAAAAGUCGAAAAGAAAGAAUUAGAGACUAGGAAGAUUGAAACAAUCGAACCAUCUGUUGAUAUAGCCACUAAAGAAGUGGAUACCAUUGCUGACAAAAAAGAAUUAGAUGGAAAAAUGAUUAAAGAAGCGUUAGAGAAACCGAUGCUGAUUCAAGAGAAAGUUAAAGUCGAUGAUGAAAUUCGUAAGAAAAGUCUCGACAUCGUUGCAUCGAAAUCACCGGAGUCGCUUCGAUCGGAAGAUGUUUCUCCGGCGGAAACUAUUUUUGCAAAAUCACCGGAAGAAUCGGCGAAGACUUCUGAUAUGAAAGAUAUAGAACCUCUAAAGUCAACUUUCGAAACGAUAGUUCCAGAAAGAAAGAUUGGAAUGCUGGAAAGUUUGAAAACAGAAGUAAUUAAAGAAGUUGUUCAAGUUGAUAGGAAAAUUGAGAUGGCUGUAAGUGAUGAAAAAGAAGACAAGAAAGAACGUGUCGGUAUUUCACCUAAGAAAAGUCCUGAAGAGAGUCCUGAAAAGAGUCCUGAAAAGAGUCCUGAAAAGAGUCCUGAAAAGAGUCCAGAACUAAAAGAGAAACCAAUUGAUUUCGAACCUAUCAAAGCAGAAAAGAUACAACCAAUCACAGACCUUAAGCCAGCAAUUAUUACUGACCAGGACAAAUUAGGAAAGAAAGAAGCAGACAAAAAAUCUCCUUCUCCGGCACCUAGCGAUAAAGAGGAUUUGCAAGAGGUAGGCGAGGAUAAAAUGGUAGAAAAGACGAUUGUCUAUUUGACAAAGUUGGAAAAAUCUGAGAUAACUACCGUAGAAGCAGAAAAGAAGAUAGAAGAACAAGUAGAUGUUUCUAAACGUCAGGCUGAAGAAUCCAAGAAAAGAAAAACACCAGAGGAACCUAGAACUCCAACUACAAGUCCCGUUCUUGAACAACCUACGAAAGCAGACAUCACAGAAAUUCCCAGUGCAAAACUAGAUUUAAGAGAAGUUGAUGAUAAACAAAAAUUACCGAUAGAAUCAGAGGCAUCUUUGGAUGUAUCAAAGCGACCCAGUAUUCCUACUGAACCGCGUGAGUGGAAAGAGAUCGAUGUAAAGGAAAUAGACAAGGCUAGGGCGUUAAGUAUAACGAGUGCUACCGAGGAACGUGAGGCUAUUACAGAUCGUUCGAAAUCACCAAUUAGUCCUAAAGAGAAGCCAGAUUUGAAGGCUAUUGAUAAAAAAUCACCAACGGAGGAAACUAAAUUCCCUACGGAAGCGGAAGAAAGAAAAGAGAAACCGAUAUCACCGAGCGUUUUAGAAGAACCGAAGGACCUAAAGGAGGUUGAAGAAAAGGUCGACAAACUUAAGUAUAAAUUCCCUCGUUAUUCAGAUUUAGAGGAUGCAGAGGCAGAAGAUGAGAAGUCUGCAUCUUCCAGUAUAACAAGCGUCUCAGGAGAAUCUAAAGACGCAUCAGAUGCGUCAAAGUCGUCCAGUAUUGUUGACGAGGUAUGCGAUAUAAAGGAUAUUGUGGCAAGAGAUAUGGAGAAGUCAAAAUCUCCUAGUGUCACUGGCGUCACAAGUCUCUUGGCUGAACAAAAGGAACCGGUGGAUAAAUCAAAGACACCUAGUAUUGCUGGAGAGAUUCCUGACUUAAAAGAAGUUGAAACAAAAGAUAUGGAAAAAUCUAGGUCCACCAGCAUAUCGAGUGUCUCAACUGAAGCAAAGGACGUGUCAGAUAAAUCGAAGUCUUCUAGUAUCGCUGGCGAGACACCCGACUUGAAGGACAUUGAAGUUAAAGAAAUAGAGAAGUCUAGGUCUCCCAGUGUAACGAGUAUCCUAUCCGAAGGAAAGGGAGUAUCGGAUAAGUCGAAAUCUCCUAGUAUUGCUGGCGAGACACCUGACUUAAAGGACAUUGAAGCUAAAGAAAUAGAGAAGUCUAGGUCUCCCAGUGUAACAAGUGUCCCAUUCGAAGCAAAGGACGUACCGGAUAAGUCGAAAUCUCCUAGCAUCGCUGGCGAAACACCUGACUUAAAGGACAUUGAAGCUAAAGAAAUAGAGAAAUCUAGAUCUCCCAGUGUAACGAGUAUCCUAUCCGAAGGAAAGGGAAUAUCGGAUAAGUCGAAAUCUCCUAGUAUCGCUGGCGAGACACCCGACUUAAAGGACAUUGAAGCUAAAGAAAUAGAGAAGUCUAGGUCUCCCAGUGUAACGAGUAUGCCAUCCGAAGCAAAGGACGUACCGGAUAAGUCGAAAUCUCCUAGUAUCGCUGGCGAAACACUGGAUUUAAAGGACAUUGAAGCUAAAGAAAUAGAAAAGUCUAGGUCUCCCAGUGUAACGAGUGUCCCAUCCGAAGCAAAGGACGUACUGGAUAAGUCGAAAUCUCCUAGUAUUGCUGGUGAGUCACCUGACUUAAAGGACAUUGAAGCUAAAGAAAUAGAGAAGUCUAGGUCUCCCAGUGUAACGGGUAUGCCAUCCGAAGCAAAGGACGUACCAGAUAAGUCGAAAUCUCCUAGUAUCGCUGGUGAAACACUGGACUUAAAGGACAUUGAAGCUAAAGAAAUAGAGAAGUCUAGGUCUCCCAGUGUAACGAGUAUGCCAUCCGAAGCAAAGGACGUACCGGAUAAGUCGAAAUCUCCUAGUAUCGCUGGCGAAACAUUGGACUUAAAAGAUAUUGAAGCUAAAGAAAUAGAGAAGUCUAGGUCUCCCAGUGUAACGAGUGUCCCAUCCGAAACAAAGGACGUACCGGAUAAGUCGAAAUCUCCUAGUAUUGCUGGCGAGACACCUGACUUGAAGGAUAUUGAAGCUAAAGAAAUAGAGAAGUCUAGGUCUCCCAGUGUAACGAGUGUUCCACCUGAAGCAAAGGACGUACCGGAUAAGUCGAAAUCUCCUAGCAUUGCUGGCGAGACACCUGACUUAAAGGAUAUUGAAGUUAAAGAAAUAGAGAAGUCUAGGUCUCCCAGUGUAACGAGUGUCCCAUCCGAAGCAAAGGACGUACCGGACAAGUCGAAAUCUCCUAGUAUUGCUGGCGAGACACCUGACUUGAAGGAUAUUGAAGCUAAAGAAAUAGAGAAGUCUAGGUCUCCCAGUGUAACGAGUGUUCCACCCGAAGCAAAGGACGUACCGGAUAAGUCGAAAUCUCCUAGCAUUGCUGGCGAGACACCUGACUUAAAGGAUAUUGAAGCUAAAGAAAUAGAGAAGUCUAGGUCUCCCAGUGUAACGAGUAUGCCAUCCGAAACAAAGGACGUACCGGAUAAGUCGAAAUCUCCUAGUAUCGCUGGCGAAACAUUGGACUUAAAGGACAUUGAAGCUAAAGAAAUAGAGAAGUCUAGGUCUCCCAGUGUAACGAGUGUCCCAUCCGAAGCAAAGGACGUGCCGGAUAAGUCGAAAUCUCCUAGUAUCGCUGGCGAGACACCUGACUUAAAGGACAUUGAAGCUAAAGAAAUAGAGAAGUCUAGGUCUCCCAGUGUAACGAGUGUCCCACCUGAAGCAAAGGACGUGCGGGAUAAGUCGAAAUCUCCUAGCAUCGCUGGCGAGACACCUGACUUAAAGGAUCUUGAAGCUAAAGAAAUUGAAAAAUCUAGGUCUCCCAGUGUAACGAGUGUCCCAUCCGAAGCAAAGGACGUGCCGGAUAAGUCGAAAUCUCCUAGUAUCGCUAGCGAGACAUCUGACUUAAAGGAUCUUGAAGCUAAAGAAAUUGAAAAAUCUAGGUCUCCUAGUGUAAUAAGCGUCCCAGCUGAAGCAAAAGAUGUAUCGGAUAAGUCGAAGUCUCCUAGUGUCACUGGUGAAACGCCUGAUCUGAAGGACGUUGAAGCGAAAGGUGCUGAAAAAUCUAGAUCUCCGAGUAUACCAAGUGCUCCAAUAGAAACUAAAGAUAUAUCAGAUAAAUCAAAGUCACCAAGCAUCGUCAGUGAUACGUUAGAUCUAAAAGAACUCGAAACAAAAGAUAUUGAGAAAUCCAGAUCUCCUAGUGUGACAAGUAUUUCAACGGAACUAAAAGAUAAGUCAAAGACUCCUAGCAUUACUGGUGAAACACCGGAUUUAAAGGAUAUCGAGAAGUCUAGGUCUCCUAGCAUAACAAGUAUUUCAGCGGAGUUUAAAGAAGUAUCAGAUAAGUCAAAGACUCCUAGCGUUGUUGGUGAAGAACCUGACUUAAAGGAUGUUGACAAAUCUAGGUCUCCUAGGCCUAGCGUAACUAGUGUCCUUACUGAACCAAAAGAACCAACUGAUAAAUCCAAGACACCAAGCAUUGCAGGAGAUAUUGCAGAUUUAAAGGAAGUGGAUGAAAAAGAUUUUGAUAAAUCCAGAUCUGCCAGCGUAACAAGUAUUGCAGUUGAAACGAAGGAGCUUUCGGAUAAGUCAAAGUCACCUAGUAUUGUUAGUGAGACUCUUGACUUGAAGGAGAUUGACGAAAAAGAUAUUGAGAAAUCUAGAUCUCCUAGUGUGAUAAGUGUCCCUACUGAGCGGAAAGAAACACCAGAUAAAUCCAAGUCACCCAGCAUUGCAGGUGAGAUUCCAGAAUUAAAAGACGUUUGCGUAAAAGAUUCUGAGAAGUCUAGAUCUCCUAGUGUAACAAGUAUUUCAGCCGAGCUGAGGGAACCAACUGAUAAAUCAAAGUCACCUAGCAUUGCUGGCGAGAAACCUGAUCUAGAUGAAAUUGAUGCAAAAAGUGCUGAAAAAUCCAGGUCUCCUAGUGUUGCAUGUGUUGUAACUGAGACAAAGGACACAUCCGAUAAAUCAAAAUCGCCUAGCAUUGCUGGGGAGGUUCCUGAUUUGAAAGAUGUUGAAGCAAAAGAUAUUGAGAAAUCUCGAUCUCCUAGCAUUACAAGUGUCCCAACUGAAGCGAAAGACGCAUCAGAUAAAUCAAAGUCUCCUAGUAUCGCUGGCGAAAUACCUGAUGUAAAGGACGCCGAUAUAAAAGAUACACAGAAAUCUAGAUCUCCGAGUAUAUCAAUCGCAUCAACGGAAUCGAAAGAAGUCACGGAUAAAUCAAAGUCACCCAGCAUUGUUGGAGAAGUACCUGACUUAAAAGAUAUUGAGAAAUCUAGAUCUCCCAGUAUAACCAGUAUUCCGACUGAAGUAAAGGACGUUUUGGAUAAGUCAAAGUCGCCUAGUGUUGCUGAUGAAAUUCCCGACUUAAAGGAUGUUGAGAAAUCUAGAUCUCCCAGUAUACCAGGUAUUCCUAUGGAAUCGAAGGACGUAUCAGAUAAGUCAAAAUCUCCCAGUGUUGCUGGAGAAGUUCAAGACUUAAAGGACGUUGCAAAAUCUAGAUCUCCCAGUAUACCAAGUGUUUCCACUGAAUCGAAAGAAGUAUCAGAUAAGUCAAAAUCUCCCAGUGUCGCUGGUGAAGUUCCUGAUUUGAAAGAUGUUGAGAAAUCUAGAUCUCCCAGUAUACCAAGUAUUCCUGUGGAAUCCAAGGACGUAUCAGAUAAGUCAAAAUCUCCCAGUGUCGCUGGCGAAGUUCCCGAUUUGAAAGAUGUUGAGAAAUCUAGAUCUCCCAGUAUACCAAGUAUUCCUGUGGAAUCCAAGGACGUAUCAGAUAAGUCAAAAUCUCCCAGUGUCGCUGGCGAAAUUCCCGAUUUGAAAGAUGUUGAGAAAUCUAGAUCUCCCAGUAUACCAAGUAUUCCUGUGGAAUCGAAGGACGUAUCAGAUAAGUCAAAAUCUCCCAGUGUCGCUGGCGAAAUUCCCGAUUUGAAGGAUGUUGAUAAAUCCAGAUCUCCCAGUAUUCCAAGCAUUCCUGUGGAAUCGAAGGACGUAUCAGAUAAGUCAAAAUCUCCCAGUGUCGCUGGCGAAGUUCCUGAUUUGAAAGAUGUUGAGAAAUCUAGAUCUCCCAGUAUACCAAGCAUUCCUGUGGAAUCUAAGGACGUAUCAGAUAAGUCAAAAUCUCCCAGUGUCGCUGGCGAAGUUCCCGAUUUGAAAGACGUUGAGAAAUCUAGAUCUCCCAGUAUACCAAGCAUUCCUGUGGAAUCUAAGGACGUAUCAGAUAAGUCAAAAUCUCCCAGUGUCGCUGGCGAAGUUCCCGAUUUGAAAGACGUUGAGAAAUCUAGAUCUCCCAGUAUACCAAGCAUUCCUGUGGAAUCUAAGGACGUAUCAGAUAAGUCAAAAUCUCCCAGUGUCGCUGGCGAAGUUCCCGAUUUGAAGGAUGUUGAGAAAUCCAGAUCUCCCAGUAUACCAAGCAUUCCUGUGGAAUCGAAGGACGUAUCAGAUAAAUCAAAAUCUCCCAGUGUUGCUGGCGAAGUUCCGGAUUUGAAAGAUGUUGAGAAAUCCAGAUCUCCCAGUAUAGCAAGCAUUCCUGUGGAAUCAAAGGACGUAUCAGAUAAAUCAAAAUCUCCCAGUGUUGCAGGUGAAGUUCCUGAUCUGAAAGAUAUGGAGAAAUCUAGAUCUCCUAGCAUAACAAGUGUUUCAGUGGAACUAAAAGAAACAGUAGAUAAAUCGAAAUCGCCCAGUAUUGCCGGCGAAGCUAUUGAUUUGAAGGAUGUUGAGGCUAAAGAAAUUGGGAAAUCUAGGUCUCCCAGUGUGAUUAGUGUUACAGAUGAAUCGAAGGAUAAAUCCAGGUCUCCCAGCAUUGUUGCCGAGGCACUCGAUUUGAAGGAUGUUCCCACGAAGGAUGCUGAUAAAUCUAGGUCACCUAGCGUAACAAGUGCCCCAGCGGAAGCAAAGGAUUUAACGGAUAAAUCAAAAUCCCCUAGCGUUGCCAGUGAUAUAUUAGAUUUGAAAGAUGUUGCAGAUUCCGUGGACAAAUCUAAAUCCCCAAGUGUAACAGAUAUUUCAGUAGGAUUGAAAGAUGUAUCAGAUAAGUCAAAGUCACCUAGCAUUACUGGUGAAUCACCUGACCUAAAGGAGGUUGAGACGAAAUCUAUUGACAAACCUAUAUCGCCAACUAUACCAAGUGCUGCGAAGGAAGCUAAAGAUGUAUCGGAUAAAUCAAAGUCACCGAGUAUUGCUGGCGAGGCACUUGAUGUAAAAGAAGUUGAAUUGGAAGAUAUCGUGAAAUCUAGAUCUCCGAGUAUACCAAGUGUUCCAGUGGAAUCUAAGGAUGUAGCGGGUAAAUCGGAUGUAUCCAAGUCGCCUAGCAUCGCUGGCGACACGCCUGAUUUCAAGGAUAUUGACGUAAAAGACAAAUCCAGAUCUCCUAGUGUAACAAGUGUUUUAAGUGAACCAAAGGAAGCAGCGGACAAAUCCAAGUCUCCAAGUGUCGUUGGAGAAGUUCCCGACAUAAAGGAUGUUGAAGCAAAAGAUACUGAGAAAUCCAGAUCUCCAAGUAUACCAAGUGCAACGGUGGACUCGAGAGAUGUAUCAGACAAGUCGAAAUCCCCAAGCAUCGCUGGUGACGUUUCCGAUGUAAAGGAAGUUGAAGCUAAAGACAUUGGAAAAUCCAGAUCACCCAGUGUAACAAGUGUCCUAUCAGAACCUAAGGAUAAAUCAAAGACUCCUAGCAUUGCUAGCGAGACACCUGAUUUGAAGGAAGUUGGUAUAAAAGAAACUGAGAAAUCCAGAUCUCCCAGUAUAACAAGUGUUUCAGGAGAAGCUAAAGAUUUGUCUGACAAAUCAAAGUCUCCCAGCAUCGCUGAUUUAGACGAACGCGAUAAAAGAAAAGAAAUCGAUAGUAAAAAGUUAGAUGACGAAGAGAAACAGAUUGAUAUUCGGAAAUCAGUCGAAAAGGAUGGGGCAUUAAAGACGCCAGUUAAACUGGACGAUUUUACGAAAAUAAGCGUUUCUACGACAGAGGUAACUAAAGAUAAAUCGCUAUUAAUGAAUGAUAUCUAUAAAUUAUUCCCUGUAAAUGUUGUAAUGGACCAAACGCAGGUCGAUCGAGAAGAUAUGAUGAGAAUAGCGUCUGAGAAAGAAGCAAAUAUUAAAAAGUAUAUUUUAGAAGAAUAUAUAAAUAAGGGAAGGAAGAUCACAAUGGUCGUAAUAGAAGAAAUAAUUAGAACCUAUUCAGUCUCAGAGUUGACAGUAAUGACUAUCAUAGAGACAAUUAUUAUGACGAGGAAACUCAACAGAGAUUCAGUUUUAGAUACAUCCGAGCAAAAGAUGGAGAAGUCGGAUCAUUCGAUAAGUUCUAGCGUAAGUUCCGAACUGAUUGCUUCUGAUAAAUCUACUCAAGAUAGCCCUGUACGUUCUGAGCCACAUAUCGACGAAGAAGUUUCGAUCUCAGAAGAGAAGAGAAUCGAAAUUGAGAAACUUCUCGAAGAAGACUACAUUAAGCAAGGAAAGAAAAUCACCGAAGAAAUUCUAGAAGAAAUUAUCGUCCGAUCAUCUUUACCUCGAUACAUUAUUCUAGAAAUAAUGGAGGAAUUAAUUCUGAAGAGAAAACUUACCCGAGAAUCCGUGAUCGACGUGGAGGUGUAUUAUCACGACGACGAGCCAGAUGACAGCUACGGCAAAGAUGGCUAUCGUUACGAAAAAUCUCUAGAGCUUAGAUACGAACCCGACCACGGAGAAGGUAAAAUGUCUUACGAUUACAAAACGGUGGAAUAUUCGGGACAACGCGAAGGCCAUAUGGAAACGUCGAUGACGGAUUAUUCGACAAGUUACGAGAGCCAAUUCCACAAAGCGUUCGUUGGCGGAGUAACCGAGAUACGUACGACUCAUAUAACAACGUUAUCAGGAAAAUCAACGCCAGACAUAACUCGCGAUGGAACUCCCGAUUCAAUAUCCGAGCCUACAGCUUCCACCGUAGAGAAAGUAGAAGAUAAAUCUGCCGGUAAACCAACCGGUCAUAUUUCGCCUGAUAAAGAUGUAGUUUCUACGAGUAUCGGUACUUCCACCACCAUCACCACUACAGUAACCCAGAAAUCAUCCGUUACGCACACUGUAGAAGCAAAACCUCAGAUAGUUACUGUACUGAAAGAAAGUAAAAUUGGUGAACCAGACGCGCAACUGACGGGUAAAACGGAAGUAAUUAGAAAAGUAAUCGAAUCAGACGUAGACGCGAGUAAAUCCGUACCCUCGGCCAGGCUUGAGUUCGAGGAGUUGGAAAAACGAAUUAUCAAAGGUGAAGAAGAGAUGGAAGGAGAGCCAACCGAAGAAAAAGAAGUUUCGCCAGAUGGCAAGGUGAUCGUGGUUAAAAGAAUCGUGACACGAGAAGUGUCGGAUCAAGAAGAACCCGAAACGAUUCGUAAGGUAAUAAAGCGGGAGAUCAUCGAGCAGGAUGAUCCAGUGGUGAUUACGAAAGUCAUAAAGCGCGAGAUUAUCGUUCCCGAGGGUGAGAUGGCCGACACAGACGAUCUCGAAACGAUAAAAGAAAUCGUGAGCAAAGAAACUAUCCCAUCGACCGUCGAAACUGUGAGAACAGAAACGAAGAAAAUCGUGAUUACAGGAGGCGAGAAACUGAGCGAAGAGAGUCUGACAUCGGACAUUCUGUCGGGUAUGCACGUCGACGUUAAAAAAGGAACAACAACUAUCAUCGAAACGGGUGGUAAAAUAUCGGAGAAGGACAUCAGAGAGGCUAUCGAAAAAAUGACAACCGAAGCCAGUAAGCAAAGUGAAUUUUUAAGCGACGAAGGUACCAUAAUCAAAGAAACUACUAUUAGAACCACGAAGACCGAAGAGUCUACGGAAAGGAAGAAAGAAGAGAAGAAAGUUGAAGAAGCGGAAGAAAAAUCUGAAGCGAAAUUCGUAAAGGAAGAAACGAAGCAUACGCCGAUAGAUAAACGUUCGAUGCCUCCUCAAGUACGCGAUAUCGCUUCCGACGUUCCUUCUCUGUCAGGAAGAACUACACCGGACCGAAGAUCCGAAGGUAGGUCUUUAACUGGAACUCCAGAAGGAUUCAGAUCGGGAGAGGUGAUUAGAACGAUCAUCACCACGACCAAGACAGUGUCCGACGACGGUGAGAUAGUGACGACGACCCGAGAAGUCACGGAAACCACAAACGAAAAAGGGGAGACGGUGAUAUUGGCGGAGAAAGUGGACGUGAAGGUAGACGAAUAUUUACCUAGCAAGGAUAUGACGGAAUCUUUGGGUCCCGAAAGCUCCCUUCUACGUUCCUUGCAAGAAAAAGAGAAAGAAAAAACAUCUAGCGACUUUAUGAGCAGCGCGAUGAGCAGCAGCAUUUAUGGCGAGCUACCAUCUGAAAAAGAUAUAACAAGUGGCAGCAUGCAGAAGAUCGGCGAAUCUUCCACUCUGACAGAUCAAGGUGAUUACACGUUCAAACGUUUCAUGGUGGAGAAAGAAUAUGCCGGUGAUUACAAGGAGAAAUCUGAUCCGAAGAAAUAUAUCGACGAGGCUGGACUCGACUUCGAGAAAGCUCUGUCGAUGGAUCAAAAGGAAACUAAAGAAACUGAGCCACAGGGUAAAACUAUCUCGGCGAGAUACACCAACGGUAGCGUUCGUCGAGAAGCGUCAGAUUCUGAUGGUAAAUCGGACGAUCGUAAAGAGGAGGAUCCGAAGUCUGACACGAAGAAAGAUCCGUUAGAUGGUUGGGGAACUCCAUUGGGGCUUCCUUCUCCUAUUCCACCGCACAAGUUUAACCUCAGAAACACGAAUUCCGAUAACAAUAUGAGACUAAAUUUCGACGCUAUUAACGACUGGGGUGAGCCAUUGAGACUACCUUCACCAGCUCCUGUGACCAAUGAAAUUUCUAACAAGGGUACACCCGGAACACCGAAAAAGGAGAAGAAACAAGCGAGAAAAGUUCUAUCGGAGAAUCUGAAGAACAAGAAACGCUCUGAGAGUCCGGGCAAGAACGAGAAGAAGCUGAAGGAUUCGAAGAAUAAAGUACAACCCGUCUACGUGGAUCUUACUUAUGUACCUCAUCAUGGAAACUCCUAUUACACAUCGUUGGAAUUCUUCAAGAGAGUUCGCGCGAGAUAUUACGUGUUCAGCGGUACCGAGCCAAGUCGUGAAGUCUAUGAUGCUUUGUUGGAAGCUAAGAGGACUUGGGAAGACAAAGAUCUCGAGGUAACCAUGAUCCCGACUUACGACACCGACACCCUGGGCUAUUGGGUAGCCGACAACGAAGAAGCUCUGGCUGCGAACCACAUUGACCUUUCACCUUCUGCAUCCCGAUGUACGAUUAACCUGCAGGACCACGAGACUAGUUGCAGUGCCUAUAGACUUGAAUUCUAGGGAUUGGCAGCCUGCUCAGCCGUAAUAGUUGAGUUCUGAGCGGUGUUCAGAGAGUGUACUUGAUCGCUUCAUUUCUGGACUUGCCGUUUCGCGAAUUCCUUACCGUGCCUACUAGCGGUUCAUAAAACUUUAGAAAAAUCUUAAGGAGAGGCUACAUCGAACGACUUGGACGUGGUCGUUCUACGAUCCGAAUUUCGUGCCUAAUCCCGUAUAAAUCAUAAAUACGCAGUUGUUCCUUGUUUUUAAAUGCACAGGUUUAUUGGAUCAACAACUAUAUUACCGCGACCACCGAUAACAACAUAUAGCAGCAACAAUAGCGAUAACAAAAACAAUCACGACAAAAACAACAAAAAUAACAAGACAACAACAACGAUAACGACAACAGCGAUGAGGACGAUAACAUUAACGAUGCUCUCUUCUUGCUCUCUCUAUCUAUUUUCUUUGCUUCCUUCACCUAUGAUACUUAGAUCGAUACGAUAAAAGAUAAAAAGAAUGCGAUCUUCUCCUGAACACUCGACCGUGUACGAUCUCUGCUGGUACGUGCAAAAUUUCGAUACAAAGCUGUGAAACGAUCGCGUUAGAAGCUGUCGCGAUAAACGAACCUGGCCUGUUCUCAGUUUUUUUGGACGCUUACACUCGCAAAGUUUAAAGAACGCGUCCUUUGCCUCAUUAUCUUUUUAUAUACAUACCUAUUACUCGACACUGUUAUCGCUUUGAAAGCAUCACUAAAAAAGCCGUAGAAAGAUGGAGAUACAUAGGAACAAUGCAACACAGCCUAGCAAUAACACGGACAAGACGUACAAAGGUAAAUAGAACGAAACAACGCGUACACAUAACGGGCAGAUAUUAAAGCAUCGACCACGUCGAUGAAGAAGAAAAAAGGAUUCUUCGUACAUUUUUUAUGGUCUUAAGUUCUCGACAAAAAUGAAUUCGAGUUGGAAUAUCCAAGGACGUUUCUUCGUCGAACUAACGAUCAAUCUCCUCGUCGUGAAUGUCUACUCGUGUACAGAGAUAAACGACUAUAUACGUCAAUCGGGAAGUACCACAGUGAAACGAUCCGAGUCGUGAAACAAAGUGUUUCCAAAGAUUCCUAAAGAAUAGAAGAUAUUCGCGCGGUCGCGAUCGAAUCGAAGCAAACAACAGGAAAUGCGAUAUAGGAAAACGAUUGUCCAUAUCGUCGAUGUUCCAUUCCAAAUGCCACUUAGACCCGUUAUCUUAUAGCGGAGGUAGGUGAAUAAAAAUAAAGCAAAAUCUAAAAAGGAUUCCCUUCUCGAUAACGAAGAAAGUAGAAUAUCAGAAGCAAAACUGAGACGGCGAUAAAGUAAAAAUCGUACAACAUCCAUCCAAUGGACAAAGUCCACGUUCGAUAAUCGUAUCGGAAUGAACAGCUCUGUUUUUUCGACGUUUCGCCCGAGUUUUCGGCCACCUUAAGAACAGAGUUGCUCGUUCCUGUAAUAUAAAUCCGUUUAUAGAUAUUUUUUAGAGAUGAGAAUAUUUCAUUUGCCACGUAACAAAAUACCACUAUCUAGAGCGCGCACCGUUUAUGAAAUUAGACCAAACGAUAAUCGCGGUGUCGUAUCGACGUUGAGAACUGUACAAGGGGUUUACGAAUUCCAUCGACUCGUUUUCAUUAUCUCCUCGUUGUAUCUCGCGAAAGAAACGCAAUGACGCAAUUCUGACGAUGUUUGCUUUCCAAGGGAACUUCGAUGUUCCGCGCGUCCCUAUUCCUUUUACGUGUGUCGAACCGAAGACCGUAAAAGAAAGCGUUCCAGAAACUUGACAAACCGUUUAGUUCAUUUUGUACUUAUUUCAACCAGAUCGACGAAAUACGACAAACUGCACUCGUGCGGGAUGACGAUGGUGUGACAAUUGUCCGACACACGCUAACGAUGACUAUACGUGGAACGAUUACAACGGUAAUCGUAAUGACAAUGACGAAAACACGCAUUAGCCACGAUAACGAUUCGAUCAUGACGAUGAUUCUGGUGACAACGAUGUGGACAACGCGAACGUAAACGAGAACGGUGACGAUUACCGAUUAUCGACGAUAAUGAUGGUGAUGAUGGUGACGAUGGCGACGACAAUAACGAUUACAACGGUGACAAUAAUGACGAGACGACGACAAAUAUAGUAGUGAUGAUGGCAAUGAUGAUGAUAAUCCUUGUAAGAACGAUUACAAAUCCGAAAGUAUAAGGACGACGAUGUCCUCCACGUGGGUGGAAUAAAAUUCUGCUUAACGUAAGUAACGCAAAGCGAACGUGUUUUCAUGAAUUUGAAAUACGCGUGUGAUCGAGGUAAUUUUCAUAGAACAAACGUAGCCUUAUAGAUUAUGAGAACGCACGCUCCUUAUGUUCUUAAUCGUUUCGUGAUAAAUGAUAUAAAUGAUAAGGAAAAAUUUAUUUUGUGAACGCAUAUAUAUAUAUGCGUGAAAAUAACAGAUAAGUAUCGUUCGUUGAAAGAACGAAAGCGAUCUCAUCGACCUAUCAACAAAAUUACCAUCGCAUUCGAUUUCGUGCAAGUUGACAGUUUCAAGUUUCAGAUAAUUGUAUUUAAUCGGAUUGACCACGGAGAAUUUGAGAAGAAAAUUUCGAUGGAAAUGUGUCGAAUAAUGAAAGGCAUGAAAACUGAGCAUAGCGAAAGGCCUAUAACAUCGAUCGGUUUUCACACCGAUCGGUUGUACGAAAACGAUCGUCUUACGAAUGUUACCAAGUUCGUGAAAGAGAAAAGGCAGAAUUAAGAAGAGAAACGUACAUUCUGCCAAUUGUGAUUGUCUUACGAUAACUCAAGGUCCAAUAAAUGCUCUAGUGUGUAAGUUUUUUACUGCUCGUUUAACGCAGUUUGCUCGUAAACGAUCGCUUAUUUGCUCCUCCGUGUGUAUAUUUCAUCUACUUAUUUACGCAUUUACUUUUCCAUCUUUUACACAUCUUUGUAAUUUAGGUUUAUACGUAAGAUCUUUGGACGAGAGGUUUAAAGAAGUUUGGUCUAAACGAAAAUACCUUUGCCACGUAUUAUCUUCGAUAUAAUUAUUACUACCAUCAUCAUCAUCAUCAUUAUUACUACUACUGCCGCUGCUACUAUGCUCGUCAUUACCAUUAUCAUUACUAUUAUUUAUUAUUAUUUAUUAUUCCUCCUAAUAUUAUCCCACUAUUCAUACUAUUACUAUCGUCAUUGUUAUUCUAACAAAAUCGUUAUGAUUAUCGCCAUCAUCAUUAUGAUUAUCAUAAUCAUCGCGUUACUAUUACGUAUUAUUAAUGAUCAUUAUCGUAUCGUUACAGUCGUCAUCUCUAUUAUUGUCACUGUUAUUAUUGUUAUUGUUGUUGUUGUUGUUGCAUUGUUACGUUUACCAUCGUCAUUGGCAUGGUCGUAUCGUCAUUGUCACCAUCGUCAUCGUGGACGAGAAUUUUGUCGCCUGCGACGAGAAAGAAAGAAGGAACAGAUGAAUGAAACUGAAGAAAACAUAAAUGCGCGAUAGCGAUAAAACCAUGUGUGUACCUAUGUAUUUAUGUAUUAUUUAUUGACAAACUAACGACGACCAGCUAUUUAGGUAGGAUAUUAAAAUUAUGAAAUUGAAUAUGUAACGAGAACGAUCGAAACGAGUAAACAAACACAGUUAUAUUAACAUUGGUGAAACGAAGCGAAUGGUUAGGUAUGCGCUCGUCCUCGACGAGCUAACGAAGAUGAAAGAGAAUUUUAAUUAAAAAGAAACGAGGAUGAAUAUAAAAGUUAAGAACGAGCUUUCAUUAAGACAGUUUAGAUUAAAUAUAAAGAUGAACAAAAAGGUAUAUAUAUAUAUAUAUAUAUGAACACACACACACACACAGAGACACAGACACAGACACAUACGUACAAACCGUGCGUAUGCACAUACAUAAUACAUGCAUACGACGCAAGAAACAUACAUAUAAUAUAUGAAUGGAAAGACAAAGACAAAAUAAAAAAAACUAGAAAGAAAUCUAAUACCGGGAGGAAAAAGAAUAUGCAAAGGAUUAAGAAGUGCGAACCUCAACACCUGUACGAACCCCUAAAUCGCGAUGCUUAACGGGUGUGAGAACGGUGAUACGGUUUUAUUUGAAUAUCAACUUAAAAAGAGCGUCGUAUGAAGUGUGUUUCAUACGCCUUUAACACGUAUCCGACACUCGAGCGUAUCGGGGUAAGGGCUCACGUUCGAAUUUUGGCAUGUGUUAUUAAAGAGAUUUUGCUGGAUCAAAAAGAGUACAUUGUAUCGAGCGACGUCGAAUCAGCGAUCGAACGAGACGAAUGCAAAAAGGGAGAAAAUGUCGAAAAGACAGAAAAAAAGAAAAAAUUGAAAAAGGAAAGUAAAGCAAUCGGUCUACUAAGACAUGAUAAAUCAAGAGUUUGUUUACUCCACGCGAAAUAUCGGAUACGCUAAUGUUCUAGUCAGAAGAAAAUCUCGUUUCCUAAUAUUAAAAAAAUCAUCUAGUCAUUCUUCUUCACAGUCGAUUUUCUGCCGUUACGAGACUGCGCCGCAGAUGUAAGACGAAGUACAGUUUUUCACAAUUGUAUUUAUUAUACAAAUCGCGGUUCUCACCCCUUGAAGCGCAUCAGCGCGUCGUGUUUUUCGAAUAACGAAUUAAACAAAAAAAACUUACUGUGGAGUGUUCAUGGUGCUAUAAUUACUAUUAUUAUUAUGAUUAUGGUUAUGAUUAUGAUUAUUAUGAUUAUGAUUAUUAUUAUUACUAUAGAAAUAACAAUGUUAUGCUAUAUGACAAAAAAUGAUAAUAUAAUAAAUAUACAUUAUACCUUA